AAGGCAAAAUAAUCGAAAGAGAAAGUGAAAAAGUCUCUCCUUCACUCAGAGAUCAGCUCAGAUCAGCUCAGAGAGACGCUGCGCUUCAGCUGCCGAGUAUAAACCCCGACCCGCGCCUUCCUUCUGCUUUAACCCGCUGAUCUGAGACAUGGAGAACAGCGACAUCGACGAGGGUCUUUACUCCAGACAGCUGUACGUGCUGGGACAUGAUGCAAUGCGCAGUAUGGGGAAGGCGAAUGUGCUGAUCAGUGGAAUGAGGGGUUUGGGUGUGGAAGUGGCCAAGAACGUAGUUCUUGCUGGAGUCGGUUCCGUCACCAUCCAGGACCAAGGGUCAGCAGAGUGGGCAGAUCUGUCCUCUCAGUUUUACCUGAGGGAGAGUGAUCUGGGUCAGAACCGAGCCGAGUGUUCUGAGAACCCCCUCGCCCGUUUAAACAGCCAUGUUCGAGUGUCUGCCUGCACUGAACGCCUCAAUCAGGAGUUUCUGAGAAACUUCCAGGUGGUGGUUCUGACGAACUCGUCUCUGGAGGAGCAGCGCUGGGUAGGAUCUUUCUGCCACACCAACAACAUCAGGUUUAUAGUGGCUGAUACUAAAGGCCUAUGUGGGCAGCUCUUCUGCGACUUUGGUGAAGCUUUUGAGGUCAGAGACUCUGAUGGAGAAUCUCCACGCUCUGCUAUGAUCACUCACAUCUCUAAGGAAAAUCCAGGAAUAGUCUCCUGUGCAGAUGAUCAGGCUCACGAGUUCUCAGACGGCAUGCAGGUGAUGUUCUCUGGGGUUAAAGGCAUGACUGAGCUCAACAACUCCGGACCCUUUGAGAUUAAAUUUAUUGAUCAUUACACGUUCAGCAUUUGCGACACUUCAAGCUUCUCUGAAUAUGAGAAAGGCGGUGUGGUAACUGAGGUCAAACAGUCCAAGACGCUCAGCUUUAUCCCUCUGGAAGCAGCACUGGAGGAAGUUAUGAGGGAUUCUGAGCUGCUGGUGUUGAACGACUACGGGAAAAUUCAGAGGCACCACAGUCUCCACCUUGGCUUCAGAGCUCUGCACGACUUUAAACACCAACACGGCCGGCUUCCCAAACCCAGGAACCAGGCGGAUGCUGAGAGUCUGGUUGCCAUGGCGAAGCAGCUCAGCACUGCAGCAAAGUUUGAUCAGCUGGAUGAAGAUGCUGUGCGCAAACUGUCUCUGGUUGCCGUUGGUGAUCUGGCUCCAAUCAACGCUGUUAUUGGAGGACUGGCAGCUCAAGAAGUGGUGAAGGCCUGCAGUGGAAAGUUCACUCCACUGAAACAGUGGUUCUACUUCGAUGCUCUGGAGGCUCUUCCUGAUCAGGAGGGUGAAGGUCUGACAGAAGAAGCUUGUGCUCCAAGGAACUGUCGGUACGACGGGCAGAUCGCUGUGUUUGGAGCGGAUUUUCAGGAGAAACUAAAGAAGCAGAGAUAUUUUCUGGUGGGAGCUGGUGCUAUUGGCUGUGAGCUGCUGAAGAACUUCGCUCUGAUUGGCCUCGGCGCUGGAGAGGGCGGGCACAUCACUGUGACGGACAUGGACUCCAUCGAGAGGUCCAACUUAAACCGGCAGUUCCUGUUCAGGUCGCAGGAUAUAGGGACACAAAAGUCAGUGACAGCAGCCGAGGCCGUGAAAAAUAUGAACCCGAACGUGAACAUCACGGCUCAUCAGAAUCGAGUGUGUCCAGAGAGUGAAGGCAUCUACUCCUACCAGUUCUUCAGCAGCCUGGAUGGAGUGGCAGCAGCAUUAGACAACGUGGACGCACGAGUGUAUCUGGAUGGGCGCUGUGUGCAGAACCAGAAGCCCAUGCUGGAAGCUGGAACUCUGGGUAGUAAAGGUCACACACUGGUGGUCGUUCCUCGCCUGACUGAAUCUUACGGUCCUGCAUCAUCUUCAGGACAGAAAGCCAUUCCCCUCUGCACCCUGAAGCACUUCCCCCACCGCAUAGAGCACACCCUGCAGUGGGCCAGAGAUCAGUUUGAGGGCCUGUUCAAACACUCCGCUGAGAAUGUUAAUCAGUUCCUGAGUGACCCUGAGUUCUGGGCUCGUACAGAGGCCCGUGGGGAGGUGGAGGCUGUGGAGGUUGUGGAGGGGGUCUACACCAGCCUGAAGGACCGGCCGAGGAGCUGGAAGGACUGUGUAGCCUGGGCUCGUAUCCAGUGGGAGAGUCUCUACAACAACCACGUCACACAGCUGCUGCACUGCUUCCCUCCUGACCAUGUAACGACCUCAGGACUGCGUUUCUGGAUGGGAGUGAAGAGAUGUCCACAUCCCUUAACCUUUGACCCAGACAGUACCACCCAUAUGGAUUUCGUGAUGGCGGCGGCCAACUUAUAUGGGCGGAUCUACGGGAUUGAGGGUUCGACUGACCGUGCAGCCGUUAGGACCAUUCUGAAUGGGGUAACUGUGCCUAAAUUCACCCCUAAAUCCAGCGUGAAGAUUGCUGUGACGGACGAGGAGCUGGCAGAAAGCAAAGAGGAGAGGACAGAGGAGGACAAAGCCAAGCUGGAGGAGCUGAAGAAGAAGUUGCAGAGCCUUCAACUCUCCGGUCAGAGCUUCCAGAUGAUUCCACAAGAGUUUGAAAAGGAUGACGACACUAAUUUCCAUAUGGACUACAUCGUGGCAGCGUCUAACCUGAGGGCGGAGAAUUACGAUAUACCUGCAGCAGACCGGCACAAGAGUAAGCUCAUCGCCGGACGCAUCAUCCCAGCCAUCGCCACCACAACAGCGUCCGUGUCCGGCCUGAUGUGUCUGGAGCUGUAUAAACUGGUGCAGGGCCACAGGAGCCUCAGCUCGUACCGCGGCGCCUACAUUAACCUGGCCGUCCAGUGCUACGUCAUGUCCCAGCCGUGCAGAGCUCCAACCUUCACGGUCGCGGGGAAGGAGUUCUCCCUCUGGGAUGAGUUUGUGGUGAGGGGUAGAGAAGAUCGCCCAGAGGAAAUGACAGUGGAAGAGCUGCUGAAACGCAUCAAGGAUGAACAUAACUUUACUGUGAGCGGUCUUUACUAUGGGCCUGCGGUGCUGUAUGCUGAUUACUGUAAUCAUGCAGAUCGACUUAAACAGAGAGUGUCAGAACUGGUGAAAAUGGUGACUAAGAAGGAGAUUCCUGCUCAGCAACAGAUGCUGGAGAUUAUCCCCUCCUUUGCUGAGGAUGAAGACUGUGAGAAAGUUCCACCAAUCAGGUACCUCCUCUGAUGAGGGCGUCCCUGUACCGCCAGUGUGUGGAUCCACUGCCAUUCUAAAUACUUAGAUAUUACUUUAACUGUGAUUUUAGUUUAGUUUUAAUGAAUGAAAGUGUGUUUUAAUCAAGUAAUGUUUUACAAUAAGGGUGCAGUAAUUAACAAUAAUUAUUAAAGAAUGUCUUUAAUUAACUAAUUAUUAAUAGACACCAGUGAUUUUUUUUUCAACUAAUGUCUUUAUUCAUUAUUUACAACAUUUUUAAACAUUGGCAUUUAGUGAUGUUUUAAAAAAGUCUUAACUAUGGGAUGUAAAUACUGUCAAAAAUAAAAUAAAAAUGAAAACAGUAAAACUAAAAUGCAGAUACUGUUUUGCGCUUUAAAUUUUUCCAAACGUGUGAUAAUAUUAUGACAAUUUUUUACUUAAGCACAGGUAAUAUUUUAAAAUUAAAAAGGCUUUUUGCCAUUUUAUUUUCAUUACCAUACAGGUUUUUUUUAUUUCGACAUGUAAAUUGCUGUCUGCGCCACAUGUCGCAUUUGUCGCAUAUGUCACAUUUCCAUUGCAUUUUGAUUUUAGUUUUAAUAUUUAUUAUGCAGUUUGUCAAGGGAAAAAUGGCCAGAGGAAACCAGUCUAUUUUUUAGUUUUUCACUAUUAGCUUUUUCAUUUUAGAUUUGACUGGGAAAUACCAGUAUGGGAAUGAAAAUGAAAUGGCAAUGGUCUUUUUCAUUUCAGUGUUUUCAUUUCAGUUCUAUUUUUGGCAGCAUUUAUCACUCAUACUUAACUACCAUACAGAUUAUAAGGUGCAUUAUGCGACACUAGUAAGGAACAGGGGUGUCGCCAUGUUUUCCUUCUAAUUCAGCAGGUCUCGCUGCUGGGUAAAGCAAAGCUAAGUUAAGUCAACAGAACAGUAAUCCUUAAAAAACAUUUUCUUUAAAAGUCAAACGAGCGCUGGAUGUUAAUCUACAUAGAUUUCUCUCACCUCUGAAUUAAAUGGCGAAAAAGCUACUGCUUAGCGCGGUUAGUGGCUAAUGCUAAUGCUGCUCUAGCCGUGCUAGCUGGGGAAAGUGGCAGGCUACAGGCAGAAAAUACUCGCCUAGGGACGGCGAAAGAGCUAGCGCUUAGCGUGGUUAGCGGCUAAUGGUAGAAUUCAUACAUAAGGAACACUGUUGAUUUUUUGGGAAAAUUAAUGGAUUUUAAGUGCACCUUAUAAUGCGAAAAAUACGGUAGUUAAUGUUAGUUAAUCAUUAAUUGAAGGACUCAUUUCUGAACCAUUUAAAAAUGUUUAUUACUGUUGUAAUUACUGUUAAUUAAUGACCCUUAUUUAAACAAGUACAUAUCACUUUAAUCAAGAUCCGUUCUUCUGUUUCUAAAUCAUGCAGUUUCUCUCUGUUUAAAUGAAAUGAUGAACUUUCCUCUCAGGAAAAAUGUUAAUGUUAUAGGGUUUAGUUUUAUGAAUUAAAGGGCUUGUUCUGAUCACUGGGAUAAAUUAUGUCAUUAUAAUGUUCUCUUAAUCAUGACUAAAUAAAAUAAUUAAAUGAA